UCCCUCUCUCAUCCUGUACCCCGGGGACACAAUAAACACUAGAACCACAUCCCACUCGUUGAGAGGGAGUGUAUGGGCAGUUCCAGCGUCUUAUGGGGCACUUUCACCUCUAUAAAAGAGGAACCCUUCGGUCUGCCCUCACAGACACAGCUGCCCUGCUGAAGGCUGGCAUGGCACUGAGUACAGGAGUGGUUCUCCUGCUGCUGGUGGUGGUGAUCAGGGGUAUGGCUGCUCCUGCACCAAUCUGCUCUCUGCUGGGCCAACCCGCUCUGCCUCUCCUGUCUGCCGAGGGGGACAUCAACAUUGGGGCAGUGUUCCCUCUACAUAGGAAUGCCCUCUUCAAGGUCCAUUCAUUCACCUCCAGACCAGAGAAAACACCCUGUAUAAGUUUCAACCAACGUGAGUUCCAGUUUGCACAGACCCUGAUCUUUGCCCUGGAGGAGAUCAACAACAGCAGUGAUCUGCUCCCAGGGCUGUCUCUGGGUUACCAGGUCUAUGACUCCUGUAGCUCUGCCCCUCUGGCCAUCCACUCAGCCCUGGCCCUGAUGAACAGCCCUGGGCCUGAGGACAGCCUGGGAGACCCUUCCUCCUGUUCCAGAUCUCCAGCCGUGUUGGGUAUUGUUGGGGAGUCAAUAUCCACAUCCACCAUCGGAAUAUCAUCCCUGGUCGGACCAUUCAACAUCCCUGUGAUCAGCCACUUUGCCACCUGUGCUUGUCUGAGUAAUAAAAAGAAGUUCCCUUCCUUCUUCAGAACCAUCCCCAGUGACUUCUACCAGAGCAGAGCCCUGGCAAAGCUGGUCAAACACUUUGGAUGGAACUGGGUGGGAGUGGUGAACAGCAACAAUGACUAUGGAAACAACGGCAUGGCCACAUUCAUGGAGGCAGCGUGGCAUGAAGGGGUCUGUGUAGAGUACCAAGAGUCCAUCCACCGCACAGACCCCAGAGAGAAGCUCCUGGAAGUCAUCAAGGUCAUCCGGAGGGCCACAGCCAGGGUGGUGGUACUGUUCGUGGGCUUGGGGGACAUCGUCCCCCUGAUGAAUGAGAUGGCCCUGGAGGGAGACCCAGGGCUGCAGUGGGUGGGCAGCGAGGCCUGGAUCACAGCCAGACUGCUGACGGAGAACAAGUCCUACGGCUUCCUGAGGGGAGCGGUUGGCUUUGCCAUCAGGAAUGCCAGGCUGGAUGGUCUGGAGCAGUUCCUAGACAAGGUGCACCCCUCCCAGGUGCCAGACAACACCCUGCUCAGGGAGUUCUGGGAGACUGUGUUCCAGUGCUCCUUCGAGGGGGGCAGCAGCAGGCUGUGCACAGGAGCAGAGAGCUUAGCAAAGCUGAACAACCAAUACACUGACAUGUCAGAGCUGAGAAUACCCAAUAAAGUAUACACAGCUGUAUAUGCGAUUGCACACGCUCUACACAACCUACUGACAGACUUAAAGAAUGACACAGACAGCGGCAAAAUACCAGUCUACACACCACAGCAGGUGCUAAGGUACCUGAAGGAGGUGAGGUUUAGAGUAAAGACAGGAGAGGAGAUCUGGUUUGAUGAUAACGGAGAUGUGGUGGCGUGCUACGACCUAUUGAACUGGCAGCAGGAGGAGGAUGGGACCAUGCAGUUCCAUGUUGUGGGGCUGUAUGAUUCCUCGAUGCCCCCUGAACAGCGCAUUACCUUCAACAAGGGAAAACUGGUCUGGGCAGGGGGCCAGGCAGAGGCACCUGCAUCAGUGUGCAGUGAGAGCUGUCCCACAGGCACUCGUAAGGCUGUGCAGAAAGGAAAGCCUGUAUGCUGUUAUGACUGUGUACCAUGUGCGGAGGGAGAGAUCAGUAAUAUCACAGAUUCUAACGGCUGCUAUCGAUGUGACUUGGAGUAUUGGUCCAAUGAAAAAAGGGACCUCUGUGUGUUGAAACCAGUUGAAUUCCUCUCCUAUGAAGAAAUUAUGGGCAUAGUUCUGGUGUUUUUCUCCUUACUGGGGUCCGGUGUUACUACUCUGGUAGCUGUGGUGUUUUCAAUUCAUAAGGACACUCCCAUCGUCAGGGCCAACAACUCUGAGCUGAGCUUCCUGCUGCUCUUCUUCUUGACUCUUUGUUUUCUGUGUUCUCUUACUUUCAUUGGCCGGCCCUCUGAAUGGUCCUGUAUGCUGCGUCACACAGCGUUUGGGAUCACCUUUGUCCUCUGCAUCUCUUGUGUUCUGGGGAAAACAAUAGUGGUGUUGAUGGCCUUCAGGGCUACACUUCCAGCCAGUAAUAUCAUGAAAUGGUUUGGUCCUACACAGCAGAGACUUAGUGUUCUGGCUUUCACUCUCAUACAGGUCCUGAUCUGUGUACUUUGGUUAACAGUCUCCCCGCCUUUCCCCUACAAGAACAUGAAGACCUAUAAGGAAAAGAUAAUUCUAGAGUGUGAUGUGGGUUCAGCUAUUGGUUUCUGGGCUGUGUUGGGGUAUAUAGGACUCCUGGCUCUCUUGUGCUUUGUGCUGGCUUUUCUGGCUCGAAAGCUUCCUGAUAACUUCAAUGAGGCCAAAUUCAUCACCUUCAGCAUGCUCAUAUUCUGUGCAGUCUGGAUUACCUUUCUCCCAGCUUAUGUCAGCUCUCCUGGGAAGUUCACUGUAGCUGUGGAGAUAUUUGCUAUUCUGGCCUCCAGUUUUGGUUUACUUUUCUGCAUUUUUGCUCCUAAAUGUUUCAUCAUAUUGCUGAGGCCAGAGCAAAACACCAAGAAACAUAUCAUGGGGAAGACAUCCAAUGACAUACGAUAUUAAAGAAACAUAUUUUGGGAAAGGCGUCAACCAAAGCCCUUUAGGAUGAAUACUGACCAUUGGCUUAUUCAAAGUCGUUCUAUAAUAAACACAGACACAUCAUAUCUAAGUCAGUCAUGGCUUAACCUUAUCCCCAGGCUCAAUUGAUACCAAAAAAAGAGCCUGGAAACAUUGUGCAAUGAAGUGUUACUUGAAAGGGGAAGGGUUCAAAUCAAGGAUAGAGAGAGCCUGCUACAGUUUGACUAUGAAAACUGCAGAAAACCUCACAAUGAUCAUAUGACUUUUAGGAAGCCCCGACUGAUUCUGAGUUUGGGCAUAUUUCUUAUUUGAUUUAUUUCACCUUUAUUUAACCAGGUAGGCUAGUUGAGAUGAAGUGCUCAUUUACAAAUGCGACCUGGCCUAGAUAAAGCAAAGCAG